AUGGGUUUAUUGCCUGAAGACCGGACGACACCCUACGUUCGACCCUUCACGUUUACGGGCUUGGAUUAUUUUGGCCCUGUUAGUAUAACGAUCGGACGUCGAACCGAGAAGCGGUGGGUGGCACUGUUCACGUGCCUGUCAAUACGUGCCAUUCACCUCGAAGUCGCAUAUGACCUUUCAACAGACGCUUGCAUUUUAGCUAUGCGUAAUUUUAUGAAUCGCAGAGGGGUCCCAAAAAGAAUUCGUACGGACAAUGGUAAGAACUUCGUGGGAGUAGCAGGCGAAGUUGCGCGCUUUGUAGAUGUGUUUGACUGCCAGGCGUUGCAAGCGGAAUUGUCCACUAAAGGGGUAGAAUGGGUCUUUAAUUGCCCGGAAAACCCAUCAGAAGGCGGAGUCUGGGAGCGAAUGGUACAAUGCGUCAAGAAAGUCUUGCGGCAUACAUUGAAAGAUCUUGCACCGAAGGAGCAUACAUUCCAAAGUUUGCUCAUCGAAGCAGAAAACAUUGUGAACUCGCGUCCGCUAACACACUUACCUAUCACGCCACAGCAAGAAGAACCGCUGACGCCAAAUCAUUUCUUGCUUGGUUGUGCCAACACUGCUCAGACAACGAGUUGCUCGGAACCACCCGUGAAACUUUGUGCCAUCCGCAAGCAGUGGCGAAUAGCUAGACAACUUCGAGAUCGAUUUUGGAAAAGAUGGGUUGACGAAUAUCUACCUACACUAACGCGACGUACGAAGUGGUGCAUGCCAACGAAGCCUUUGGGGAUUGGCGAUUUGGUGUUUAUCUGUGAUCCUAAAUUACCAAGAAGAGAAUGGCGACGUGGCCGAGUAUUGCGAGUAUUUCCGGGAAAGGACGGCGAGAUUCGUCGAGCAGAGGUGACUACGAUAACUGGUCUAACUUAUCGGCCAGUAUCCAAGUUGGCGGUUCUGGAUCUGGUUAAUGGUGAAUCUGAUUCGAUUCACGGGGGUGGGGGUGUUGCAAAUUAA